CUAUACAUGUAAUGGUGAUGUCUACCCAGCAACUGUGCAAAGCUAAGUGAGGGACACCAAAGCUCGUCCCUUUCUCGUCUCGCAGUUCCUGAGAAAGAGGAGAGAGAGGGAGAGGAUGGGCGCGGAGAACCCGCGAGAGCUCCCCAAGAUCGACUUCUCCGGCGUGGACCCGGCCAGCGCAGGCACCGAGAGAUGGAACUCGGUUCGAGCCCUGGUGAUAGAGGCCAUGGAGUCCCACGGUUGCUUCGAGGCCAUCUACCCCCAGGUCACCCCGGAGCUCCGGGAGUCCCUCUUCCGGAAUGCCGUGAAGGAGCUCUUCGCCCUCCCCAUCAACAUCAAGCACCGCAACAUCCAUCACAAGCCCUUCCACGGCUACCUCGGCGAGAUUCCCGCGCUCGACUACUACGAGAGUCUAGCCAUCGUAAACGCGCCGCUCCCGCAUGCCACCCAGAGCUUCGCCAAUCUCCUGUGGCCCGAGACUGGAAACCCCACCUUCUGUGAGACGGUGCUGUCGUUCUCGCAGAAGGUGGCGGAGUUGGAGGGGAUGGCGCGGAGGAUGCUGAUGGAGGGGCUGGGGGUGGACAAGUACUACGAGGAUCUAACAAAUUCCAUCUGGUAUUUGCUCCGGCUUGCCGAGUACCGGUGUCCGGCGCAGGGGGAGGAGAAGAAGCUGGGGUAUGUGCCUCACCGGGACACGAAUACCAUGAGCGUAGUGUGCCAGCUCCAGAAGGAUGGCCUGGAGGUCCAGGCCAAGGAUGGGGAAUGGACUCUGGCCUCGCCCUCCCCCAUCUCCUUCAUCGUCAUGGCCGGCAACGGUUUUCGGGCAUGGACCAACGACCGAGUGGGCGCGGCCUUGCAUCGCAUCCUGGUGGGAGGCGGUGUGACGAGAUACUCCGUCGUUCUUUUCUCGGUUCCAAAGGGAGAUUUCCGGGUCGAAGCCCCACCGGAGCUGGUGGAUGAGGACCACCCUCGUCUCUUUGAGCCCUACUACGAUGAUGAAUUCGUGCGCUUCUGUGUCUCGGAGGAGGGUACGAAAACGAUGGAUACGCUGGCUGCUUACACUGAGCUUGUCAAAGCAAGAAAGGCUGAGGCCUAAGAGUUCCUUCUCAUGUAAUGGAGAACCAGGUGGAGAUAGAUAUAUGCUUCUGCUGCUGCCUCCUUGGACAACCUAUAUGGUUUCUGUGUGCUGCUGGUGUAUUAUUAUGACGCCCUACUGGGUGUAUUCUAUGUGUAUUUGUGUGAUAUGGGGAAUGAUUUAGCCCCAGUUACGAUUGCAAUUAGAAUCGGUCCCCCUGGUGAUUACAUAUGCUGAAAUAUAUAUAUACGUGGGAAUGUUGCAUA